AUGGAGAUGAAUAACAAUUCUCAGGAGGAGGUGCCCACACCACUAGAUCUCACAGUUAAUUCCUCCGCCUCCACCACCACUGGCAUUAACGCGGCCACUUCGCCCACCAAAAUACAACCGUCACAACUAAAUGAUCUCAACCAUGUGAUUCAAUCCAUCCGUGAGGUAAUCUCCUGCUGCGCCUGUUUCAAUUCCGACUUCGGCAUGAAGGAGUGCGCAAAUGGUCACCUUCUCUGCCAUACGUGUUUCCUCACCCUUCGACAGGAUGAUCACCCACAAUGCCCCACCUGUCGAGCCAUCCUCUACCCCGACAGCAGACGCGCCCUAACAGCGCAAAAAGUUCUCUCCGAACUGCCCGACGUCUGCUUAGAGUGCGGGCAGAUGAUGCUGCACAAGGAUCUUGUAGGACAUAAGCUCAACACCUGCCCUAAGCGUCGUGUCUCCUGCGGUCUCGCACCCUUAGGGUGUACGUGGUGCGGCAGUGCGGAGGAAUACCACGGCCAUUACGAGGAUUGUGGAGUGCGUCGGUGCCUUCAAGAACGUCCCCUGGAAGAGAGCCUCUCCAACGUGCUUGCACGAUUUAGACGGAGGGAGCAGAUGUUGCGAGAGAUGUUUACCUGCUUUUCGGCCGUUUUUAGACAUUUGGAGGGUUUUGAACUCCAGUCGGUAUGCGUCCCUCUUUCACUAGCACGGGUUACCCCCGGUAGACUGGUCUUCAAGAGCGAUCAAUUCCAUGGAAGUCAGUCUCGCUGGACACUGAAGUUGAUAGUACGAUUUGAUGACGAAGGUGCCGAAGAAAUCUCUACACCCACCGUCUCUAAUGUUGGCGACCCUAUCGCUUCGGAUACCUCGGAAAUGCAAGAGGUUUUUGAGACAGGUGUGGAAACUGUGGAACAGGUUAACGGUUUACAUGAUUCCACAGAAAACACUCCAUCAUCACAAAAUGAGGAAACGAAUUCUUCGCACCGUCCACGAAGGAUAUUUCGUUUUAUGGGAACACAACGCACACGACCAUAUCCAGAUUGGAGACAAACAAGAAAUGGGAGCAACAGCAGUAACAACCCCAAUGGAGGAGGUGGGUCGGAGAAUGGUUGCAUCCAGUCAGACCAGUCUCAAUUUGGAGAAAUAAGUUUCGCAAUAACGAAGGAAAAUAGCCCAGGGAUAGGAAGGAAGAACUAUGCCUUUAUUCCACUGCAAAUUGAGUCGGCGGAGACAGGUGCUCAAGUGAGUGUUCGGCCGAUGAUUUCAAUGUACCGAUUUGCAUCGCGGGGGGAGAGAACUGGGGCAUUUAGCUUAUAUCCCAUGCGGUGGCGGUACUUGACAAAUUUGCGAGAACUGAAGGCCUGUCGUCUGAUUAACAUGGAGAUGGUGAUUGCACGAAAACUGGUAGAUGAGCAAGCAGAGCAGGUAUAG